CUUUUUGUUUUCUUAAGCACCCCACGCGUGGACGUUCAUUUGAUGUUAUUUAUAGCCGCACAUGCGUGGUGGCGCGCGGACUUUUAAGAAGCCACAGAGACCACUACCCUCACCACCGCGACCACCCUCCUCCUCCUUUUUCUCACACUCCCCACGCGUGGUUUUCCUCCUCCUGCCCGGGAGAGAAGAGGCUUUCCAACUCGCGGUGCUACCGAGGAAGGAUCCCGACUUUCCUCGUUUAGUUUUGACUUUCAUAUCGACGAUUUCAUCAGCGGUUAAUCGACUCCGAUUGUGUGUCAUGCGCAUCCCCAUAGACCCGAGCGCCAGCCGGAGGUUCAGCCCGCCGUCCAGCAGCCUGCAGCCGCUCGCGGGCAAGAUGACGGACGUGGGCUCGCCGGGGGCCGGCGGUGGCGGCGGCGGUGGCGGAGGAGGAGGCGGCAACGGCGGACAAGCGGACCCGGUGUCAGCGGUGGUGCCUCGGCUGCGCGCCCACGAGAACCGCAGCAUGGCGGAGAUCAUCGCCGAUCACCCGGCCGAGCUGGUGCGCACCGACAGCCCCAACUUUUUGUGCUCCGUGCUGCCGUCGCACUGGCGCUGUAACAAGACUUUGCCCGUCGCCUUCAAGGUAGUGGCUCUGGGAGACAUAACGGACGGCACGGUGGUGACUGUGAUGGCGGGCAACGAUGAGAACUACUCGGCCGAGCUGCGCAACGCCUCGGGCGUGAUGAAGAACCAAGUAGCGCGCUUCAACGACCUGCGCUUCGUAGGCCGCAGUGGCCGAGGGAAAAGCUUCACGCUGACCAUCACCGUGUUCACCAACCCACCGCAAGUCGCCACUUACCACCGGGCCAUCAAGGUUACAGUGGACGGACCACGAGAGCCCAGGAGGCAUCGUCAGAAGCUGGAGGACACCCCCAAAUCGGGCCUCUUCUCGGACCGCCUGAGUGAACUUGAGAGAAUGAGGGUCCGUGUGGCCGUGCCCACCCAAGCCCAGCGACCGCCGCUCAACACGGCGGCCAACUCGUUCACGCCGCAAGGACAGACGCAAAUCAAUGACCCACGUCAGUCGCAGUCGUCGCCGCCGUGGUCGUACGAGCAGACGUACCCAUCCUACCUGAGCCCCAUGGCGUCCCCCUCCGUGCACUCCACCGCCCCGCUCUCGUCCAGCCGGGGCACGGGCCUGCCUUCCAUCAGUGACGUGCCCCGACGCCUGCCAGGUUCUUCAGACCUGAGCCCGUUCCCAGCCCAGUUUGAGCGCCAAUUCCCGGGCCUGUCCUCCCUGACGGAGAGUCGCUUCAGCAGUCCCCGCAUGCACUACCCAGCCACCUUCACCUACACGCCGCCCGUCACCUCCGCCAUGUCGCUAGGGAGCGCCCACUACCACGCCUACCUUCCGCCUCCCUAUCCGGGGUCCACGCAGAACCAGAGCGGACCCUUCCAGACCAGCAGCACCCCUUACCUGUACUACGGCGCCUCAUCCGGGUCCUACCAGAUCUCCAUGGUGCCGGGCAGCGGCGGCAGCGGGGAGCGUUCACCCUCACGCGUAGCCCCCCCGCCAUGCACCAGCACCUCCACGGGGACCUCGCUGGUCAACCCCAACCUGCCCAGCCAGGCGGACGGCGGCGUGGACGCGGGAGACGGCAGCCACAGCAACUCCCCCACCGUCCUGAACACAGGGGGCCGUAUGGAUGAGGCCGUGUGGCGGCCUUACUGAACGCCUGAAUGAAAAGGGAUUUUAUUUUCUUGAACGCAGCUCAUCCCGACUUGUGCGAACUUGUCUUCCUGGAAUGUUUGGACCAAAGCGCUCGAAGCGGCAAUAAGCAGCACAUCCUUCAAAACUGACUUUUUUGUAUCGCUUUCUUACCGACAUGGACGAGAUGAGACAUAAACUCUAGAGAAAAGUACAAAUGACACUGUCACAUUCAAGUCGGAAUGUUACCACAGUAAUGUUUAUAUUUGAAGGAGAAAUGUCAGUGACAAUUUUUUCCACUGGUUAUAUUAGCAUUUUUCUAAAACAAAAAAAAAACUGUACAGUUGUACCUCUACUUACAACAUGAAUUGGUCCUGGAAGCAGUCUCGUAACCCGAAAAUUUCUUAAAUAGAGACGCGUUUUACAUGUAAAUUCCCUAAUCCAUUCCAAGCACUACUGACACGCCAUAUUAAAUUUUAUAAUUGGCAUAAAACCGGAAUAAAACAACAGCUAAACACAUCUGAAUCAUUCCAUAUAUCUAACCUAACCCUUAAUAUCUGCAAUGAAGUAGAUAAUAGAACAAAAUGCAAAGAGAAAAAGAAAAAUAUAUCUUACCUUUCGAGUGAGGCAAUGUCCUCUUUCAAGAGAUCGAUAGUGCCUACCGACUAUCUCACUCUUCGCGACACAAGAACGCGAGGAGAAUAGAGCUGCCACAAUCGAUUGUUUUAGUAGUCAAUUAAUCUAGUUGGUUUGAAUAAUCGAGUAAUCAGAUAAGGAACAUAAAAAAUGAAAAUACCUGAGCUGAGCCUAAAACGGUAUGAAAAACUGAAUAAAUGAGGAUCAGAGUACAACAAAAGAACAAGUGGCUAACUUACAUAGCAAACGUUUGCUAGCUUAAAUGUUAUAAAAUGCUGACUUUUAAUUUUUUUUUCAAUGCUCUUAGCAAAUGGUUCAAACACAUAUUCCCACAAAAACUACUAAAUAUACCUAUAAAAUAAAUUACGAAUGCUUUAAAAAAAAACAUUAGCGCAAACAAAAACUUAGCUUAUGUUGGUCUUAACAGCGAGCAGCGGGAUUCAGCCAUGUGAAAUAAGUUGUGUCAUAUUCAGUGUCGCCACUAGAGGGCAGUGUAGCUACCUAAAUCAAUAAAACUAAAUGUGAACACUUUAAAAACAAACCGUUACAACGCCACUGUAAUUAAACGAAUACUCGAAGCAGCAAAAUUUAAUUUGAAUCUUUUUUCGAAUCAAAUUACUCGAGUUAAUCGAUUAAUCGUUGCGGCAUUAGAAGAGACCUAUGCUUUAAUGUGCUACUAAUGUACUGUGGGCUUAAAAAAAAACUCUUUGUGAGACAAAAACACGAGUAGCCUUGUUCUCAUUUGGCUUAGACGUCGACCUGCGACAGCAACAAUAACACUGUGCACGUCAUCAUACUGCGACAUCUAAAUUGAAAUGUCACCAACCAUAGGCCAAUAGGAAAGCUGCAUACUGAAGGGGAUGGGAAAGAUUAUGACCAAUAGGGCAGCAGGAUCUUUUGGCGCGACAUUUAAAAGCAGCAAGUACAUACGUAUCUUUUACAGUAUUGUAUAGUAUUUUCUGCCUCUCGUAACCUGAAAUUUCGUUCUUAACAAGAGGCAACAUUUUCCCGUUUAAACGAGUGGUAACCUUAGAAUAACGUUUGUAGACGUUCGUACGUAUAGGUACCACUGUAUAUGCUGUAGUACAAUACCGGCGGUGGUACUAAUAGGAACUUACUAAAUUCCAGGUUUGUACCGCCAAAUCCAGGACUGUUGGCAAGUUGAAGGUCAUCUGCAACAUGUUUAAAUAAAAAUUUUAAAGCCGAAAACUCAUUCAUAUAUGCCACUUUUCAAAAAUUAGAAAGUGAUAUAUACUGUAUAUAUGGCGGCAAACAGGUGACUUGAAGUUCUGCUCUGAGACCCCCAAUUUGGCCAAACUUCAAAAUUGUCCUAUAUGCAUGUGUGAUACAUCAUUGGAAAGCUUAAAAUCUCAAUUUUCUGGGGCAGAAAAAUUUUGAACCGUAGGGCAUUUUUUUUAAAAAAAUUCAAACCCGUAAACCGUAACUCGAGGUGAGAGCAUGAGAGAGCAUAAAUAAAGACACCACGAUUUUAACGAGAUGAUAUCGUGUGCUUACCUUGUUUCGAUCCAAAACCGUUUAGCAUGUCUCACCAAGUGUCAAGACACAUCUGUGAAUGGUCACAGCCGGACUUUGGGGGGAUUUUAUGAGUGAAACACGGUAAUAUAACAAGGGUCAGAAAUCGCAGAUAUCAAGGAGUGGUCGAGAUUUUCUUUUUUUUUUUUUUAACAUUUUUUUUUUUUCAAUUUUUCUUUAUUUGGAUCGAUCAUUUAUCAUCUAACAUAUUGGGGAAAAUGCGACAGUAACAUAAAAAAUACAAUUAAGCGAUAUGAUGAGCAAGAUAUCAGUGACGUAUUUACAGAUACUAUCUUUUUCAUUGUGACUUAAUUUGUUUAGAAGUUUAAAAUAUGUAAGUGAAUAACUUUAUAAAGUCAUUGUUGUUUUUUUACUGACAUUUCGAAUAAUAAAUAUAAUUACUUACCUUCUUUUUAUGGCUGGGUUGAAACAAAAGCGGUUGCACGGUAUCUGUAAACGGGGGCCUCCAGGGUAAGACAGGCAAAUUAAAAACAGGCUUAAUGCGCCAUGAAACUGCUAUGGCAGCAUAUAGACAUAUUGUUCAGUCAAACGCAACAGUUCUUUUGGCUUAAAAUACAGCAGUUUAUUUUAAGGAGGGGUGCAAGAGCAGAAACUGCUUUUUCAGCCGUCUUUGUUUUCCGCCGUAUAUAUAUGUAUAUCGGUUUCUUUUUUUUCUUUUCUUUUUUUUCCCCUGAAAUUGUACUACUACGACUACUAUCACUGCAGUAUUUCUAAUAAUUUUUAGGUGAACAGCAGUUUUUGUUCUGCUGGAAAUAAUUAGUAGAAAUUUACCUUUUCUCAGAUAUUUACAUCUUUUGUUCCAUACAUUUUUCUUAAAUAUUUGAAAAGAAAAAUACAACUUUUCUUGAAAAUUUUAAACUUUUUUUGAAAAAUCUGAAAAUAACUUUUUCCACAACAGUGCUUUUCCCUGAAAAAUAUAUUCUUCCUUAAAUUUCUACAACUAGUUUCCCAACUUCAUGAUUGUCUUAAUAGUUAGUAUUUUUUCAAGCGUAUUGACAAUAUGACUAUUUUCAUUAAAUGUAUGACUGCUAUAUUCCACAAAUAUCCUUUUUUUUUUUUUUUUCAUUUUUUUAAAUACCCAACUUUCUCAAUUACCCAGUUGCUAUCCAAAUAAACUUUCACUUAUCUUUCUCCUAAUAAUAUACUUGGCCUUUAUCUCAAAAACUGAUGAAAACAAUAAUAAUAAUAAAAAAUUCCUAAACUCACAAAUAACAUGACAUUUUUCCUAAAAUAUCUGAUUUGGUUCUCAAAAUAUAAACCUUUUCCAAUAAUAUUCCGACUUUAAUCUGGGAGUGACAUUGGUUUUUGAUUGUGUGUCUCUUGUACUGGUAGUUUUUUUGCGCAUUAGGCAUGUUUUAUGUUUUUUUUUUUUUUUCUAUACGACAAUACGGAGUCGCACUGAGCAGCAAGACUUAUUUAAACGUGUAUAUUACAGGGCGUUCUGCUUCCUGUUUAACUUAUGAAGCCAUAACUUAUGUAUUAUUGUAUUUUUGACAUUUUUGCUGCGUCCUUAUGAAUAUAUUUUUCAAAAGAACAAGAAAAAAGCUGAUAAUUUAAAGGGGAGAAACAACUCUGGUGGUACCCAAAGAUUUCCAAAGUUUUCCUUUUCCAGCCAAGCAGACAAUCAGAUGGAAUUGUUGUUGUUGUUAGCAAAGUGACGACUUUGAGAAAGUUUGUCAGGGUGUUUGACACUCGAAUUGUCUUUAAUAAUCUUUUUGUUCCAUGUUGAAGCCAUCUUGGAUUAGUAAAAGCACUUAAUAAUGGUUACAAGAGUCAUGUGAUGUCAUCCUGUCGCCUUAUUGGCUGUCUGUGGUCCACAAUUGUGAAACGUCUGACACGAUCAUUUUCUUUUCACUUCAAGUUGGAUUUAGUGCAAAAUCUAAAACAGGGUAAUAAGUAAAACGCACAUGUUUUUGUAGACCAGCAAUAGGACGGAAUGUUUAUUCUUAACAUUUGUAUUCUAUUCCGUGACAAUCAAUUCCAGGACAUUCGAUCGUCCAAAAGUACGUUUUUGUAAGGUUUUGUACGGAAACAAGAAACAUGGCAAAAAUGCUGUUAAAUUUUUGUACCAAAAUUAAUCAUUAUCAGUAUAAAAUGUGCAUUUUUGUUCCUUUAUGUUCACUUUGCGGGUAACAACUAGGCAUGUGCCAGUAUGAGAUUCUGAUGGCAUGAUAACCAAAGCCAAAAUAUCAGUUUCACAGUAUCACAGUUGUGUAAUCACAGCUCUAAAAUGUGUUACUUUGAGAUAUCUGGGUUUUUUUUUUUUUUAAUCCAUUGAUUGGAUUUUUAUUUUUCAAAACAAACUGGAACAUAAGUGUAAUGUUAAGUUUAGAAAUAACAAAACUUAACUGAAAUAUAAAAUAAAUGCAAUUCUUUAGGUGAGUCUAAACCCACAGCCACGGCUCAAAAUUAUUACCGUCACAACAAAAAUAACUGAAUUAUUUUCCAUAAAAAGCAUGUGUGUAUGACUCGUCUCAUGUUUACAUUAUACACACACUCUCUUUCUCAACACACACAGUUGCCAGAGAGAAAAAU